AUGCAUACUCUAUCCACGUACUCUUAUCGGCUUUCCCACUACAGAGCUUCUGUCAGAUCCUUCUCUGGUCUGAGGAUGAAGUCAUCCACGGAUGAACACCUCAGCCAGCAAGACGCGGAGGCACUUCUUGCCGAAGCAUACCGCCUCGAGAAAGCGAAGUCACCGAAGUCAUUCGAAGCUGCCCUCGCGUUGUACAAAAAACUGGACGGUGCAGAGGGUGUGCUGUGUGAUUCUGAUGGACGCGACAGCGUACUCGAAGGUCUUGCGUACUGUCAUUUUCAACUCGAAAAGUACCCAAAGGCUGCCCAAGAUUACCGUCGUCUUCUAGAGUUUCGUGAGCAGCAAUCAAAGUCCGAUCUGGAAGCAAUCAGCCAAAGCCGCUACGAACUUGCUCGUGCAAUAGCGCGGACUCAGAAAUCAAAAUCAGGAGAGGCUCUGAAGUUGUACCGGAUGGUGAUAUCGGAACGGACAUCAAAGUUCGGCGAGGAGAGCACCGAAGUGCUUGAGUGCUCAUGCGAUCUUGCCAAUGCCCUUUGCCGCCUUCUAGAGUACCGAGAAGCACUGGACAUUAAUCGGAAGGUCCUGAGGAUCCGUGAAAAGCUCCAUAGUCCUGAGAGCAUCGAGCUUUGCACAAGCAGAUACCAGACAGCAAUCAACCUAUACUACCUAGGAGAAUACGGGCGGGCUCUGUUCUAUAUCAAACCAAACAGCUUGAUAGCUGCUGCUCCUCAUAGUGACAAUCUCACGAAGAUAUUGAAGGACUCGGUGACGCUCGCAAAGAGAUGUCGGGAAAAACGCGACCAGAGUCAAAAGGCAGUCGCCCCUGUCAAAUCGCCUUUGAAGAAACCUAUAAGUCCCUCGCCAGAAAACUCUAGUGUCGAAGUCUGGAAGGCUCCUAAGGAACCACCACGUUCGACUACCGACAUGACCGGACGCAAGAAUGAUGUGCCUCUGAAGACCACCAAGGUCAAAGUUGAGAAAACCAGUCCAUCUCGAGCGGUACCAGGCACACCCAAGACAUCCCAUGCCAAAACCAAAUCAGAAGCUGUCAUUCAGAAAUCGACACUUAGUCCACCACCGCAUGACCGACCAGCUAGUCGCAACGUGGAUGCCUCUUUGAAGUCUGCAGAGGAGAUCAGAAACCCGCGCCGAAGAGCGAGUUCUUACUCGGCCCCAGGAGUUUCAUCAAAGCCUACUGAGAAGACUUCCAUCGAUACUUCAGCUCGUAGGGCCAGUGACAACGACGUUCCCAAAUCAAGUGCGAAAGUACAAAAGUCAGAUAAACCCGUUAUAGAGGCAAGAGAGACCAAAAAGAGCAAACCCGACAAUAUUCUGCCGUCUACACAGCCCACUGCGACACGACCCGAUGCUUCACCGAAGAUAAGCAUCAAGAUUCACAAGGCCAAAAGCGAGAGAAGCGAUGAUUCUGAAGAUUCUGGAGGUACUAGAGGUAGAAGGAAGAACUUGGACAACGAUGCACAACAAGGCUCAUCGAGAUCGUCUGGAAGUUCGAGAGGAAGGACUGGCAAAAAGUCCAGUCGGCUUGAAAUCGCUAACUCCUCAGUCGAAAGCUUUGUCAGCGCAUCGGAGGGCCGAGCAGCCUCAAAUUCACCGUCCAGCCCCACGGGUCAUAGCCUUGGGGAACUUUAUGGCCUAUUGGAUACACAGAAGUCUUCUGCUUCAACCAUCGACACCGGACCAGCCGAGACUUGGUUUACCUUAUUCGAGACGCGAACGAAGGAAGUACUUCAGCCUGGGAAAAACCGACGCGUCUUACCAGUUGGAAAUGAGGAAGUUCGCAUUGCAAUAUUAGAUACUGGAGUGGAUGCCAGUCACGAGGCGAUUGCGAGGCAGAGAACACAGUUGAGAGACAUAAGAUCUUUUGUUCAAGGCAGCGAUGAGACCGACGACACUCACGGACAUGGAACGCAUGGUACCGCAUUGAUGCUGCGCCUUGUUCCUCGUGCCAGGAUUUAUGUUGGUCGUAUCACUGUCAACUCCAAGCCUGAUCCUGACGCAGUCGUGAAAGCCAUAGAACAUGCACACAGAAAAUGGAAAGUCGACAUAGUCAGUAUGGCAUUUGGCUUCAAGAAAAGCGACAAGCAUGACCGUGAGAAACAUCGACAAAGCAUGGAGAGGAUAGAAGAAGUCAUCAAAGCUGCUGCAUCCGACAACAUCCUUUUCUUCGGCGCUGCUUGCAACUCGGGCAUUUUGAACGGAACUGCCUUCCCCGCCAGAUUGUCGCAAGUCAUCUGUAUUCAUUCGGCCAACCACGGAGGCAGAACAUCGAAUCACUCACCACCAGCUAGGGACAACACUUACAACUUCUCCGUGCUCGGCGAGGACGUACGUUCAGCAUGGCCAGUGUCUCUGGGAGGCCCGACAGAACUGAUGACUGGAACUUCAACCGCUGUCAUGAUAGCUGCAGCUGUCAGCGCAGUCAUCUUGUACCUGGUACGCUUCGAAGACAAAGACUUCAUACCGAGAAAAACACUCUCCGCGAUUAGAGAGCGACUCAAGACGCAGGACGCCAUGUGCAAACUCUUGAAAGAGAUGAGUGUUCCCACAGAGGGGUACGACUUUCUCAAGCCUUGGGAGCUGAUUGACAUGGAAGGCUAUGAUGAGCCGGAGAAAGCUAGGCAGGACGCCCUGGCUAACAUUGCGAGAUUCUUGAAGAAGCAUUAUUAUACCAUACCGUAAACAAGGAUCGGUGCGAUGAUGUUUUCAAUCUUCGUUCCGAGGACUUCGAGAUUCCUACGGCGUUUUCUGUGUCAAUCGUAUGAGACCUGCCUCAGAUUGAUCAUCAAGAGAUCUCUCCUACAAGAAUGUGUGAUGAAAGAGCGCGUCCGGGAGGCUCUUUACGUCUCAAUAGCAUUGAACGUCGAUUUUCAAG